CAGACGGUACUAGUCACUAAAUAAUUUACUUACUAUAAUACUAGCACAAUAUAUAAAACUCCCUGAUUAUCUUUCCCUCCCAUCUCUUUCCCCACCCUAGAACCUUCUCCUUCAAAUAACGUCCCCCGUUCCCUUCCCACUUUCUCAACCCUUUUCCAUUUCUUGUUUGUCUUUAAUUUCUUUAAUUUUAUUUGUCUGUUUUUCUUUCAUGGCGUCGGCUUCACAAGCCAGUCUUUUACUCCAAAAGCAGCUCAGAGAUCUCUGUAAAAACCCUGUGGAUGGAUUUUCAGCUGGUUUGGUUGAUGAAGAGAACUUAUUUGAAUGGAGCGUUACAAUUAUUGGACCCCCUGAUACUUUAUAUGAGGGAGGUUUUUUUAAUGCUAUCAUGAGCUUUCCCCAGAACUAUCCAAAUAGUCCUCCUACAGUGAAGUUUACUUCAGAGAUCUGGCACCCUAAUGUUUAUACUGACGGCAAGGUUUGCAUUUCAAUUCUUCAUCCUCCUGGUGAUGACCCAAAUGGAUACGAGCUUGCUAGUGAACGCUGGUCACCUGUCCAUACGGUGGAGAGUAUAGUGUUGAGCAUCAUAUCAAUGCUUUCAAGUCCUAAUGACGAAUCUCCAGCCAAUGUUGAAGCUGCUAAAGAAUGGAGAGAUAAUAGGGAGGGCUUCAAGAAAAAAGUUAGCCGAUGUGUUAGAAGAUCUCAAGAAGAAAUGAUGUGAACUCCUGUAAAUGUUGCAGACUGGUCCAGCUCUUUUUCUGAUGAAAAAGGAUGUUUCUCUGAGAAAGUGGCUUCAAAUCAGGCUUGUAUGUGUAGAAUUGCUAAAAUGGCGUCCAAGAUUUAUCUUUUCUGUAUUUUAGAUGAUUACUUUUUCCUUUUCAUGUUAACCUAAACUUCAUUCCAUUGAUUUGGUAGUGAAACUUCUAAAAACAAGGUCUAACUUGGAUUAUCAAUUUCUAGAUCCCAGGUCUCCAUGUACCUUGCAGAAUUUUUUUUUUUUUUUUCAAUUGAUUGAACCAAUCAAACAGUUAAAUCAUCCAUUGCUUGUA